AUUGAUCAAACAUGUGUUUAUCUAGUUGACCGUAACAGAGGUCUUAUUAUCGUUAUUCUUACGGAAAAUUUGUAUCUUGUUAAGAAUAAACUAUUUAAAUAUUAAUUAUUUAAGAGUGUGAACAUUAAUUCGUUGUAAAAUGCCGAAAAAAAAGGGAAAGGGAAGCAAAUUAGCUCGUAUGAGCGACGAGGAACGCGCUCGCUACUUGCAGCAUCGAGCUGAAUUAGAAUUAGAAAGCAAACGACGUAAGCAACAGUUGAUUGCGGCGUUUACUAAGAAUAAGCUGAAACGCGAGGAAGCGUUCUCGCGAUUAAACACUGCAAAGAUUAAUGAACAAUGGCGAUUUAUUCUACGUCGAAUAAAAUGUAAGGAACUUCAUGAAAACGUGGAGUAUCUUUGGAGAAAUUUCGAUCGUAUGAUGAAGACAAAAGAUCUCAUGAUACAGCAUUUAUAUAAUGAGCUACAGACAACUGAUAUGGAUCACAGAAGAUUGCAAGAGGCUCAUAUUCAAAUUAUGGAUCUAAUAAUUGGAACAUAUAAGCAAAAAUGUAUGCAUCUACAUGAAUCCUUCACAAAUGAACGCAAUCAUAUUGCUAUUAAUGAGGUGAACGAAUUAAAUAGAGUACGAAGGGAUUUAGAGCAGCUCUGCGAUCAACUGCAGAAUAUAAUUUUUGGACAAGACAAAGAAAUAGGAAGCAAAUUGACGCAAACGAAAAUCCAAAAUGCUAUUAACAUACACAGCAUUGUAUACUUGAAGGAAGACUCUUUGUCACGCUUGAUGCAAUACGCUUCCAAUGAAGUUGAGGAAUUAUGGCGACAACUAAAUGAAACGAUAAUCGAGUACGAGAACAAUACGGGAGAUAAAAGAAAGCAGUACGAAUACUUGAAAGAACAGGACGAUGCUCAUCAUGCGAAUGUGGCGCAAUAUCCAAAGUUGCAAAUACAGUUGCAAAGUACAAUUAAGAGUUUGAAACAGGACACGUACGCAUUAUCGCAGAAGCGGGAGCAUAGUAUAACGGAAUAUAAAGAUCAGAUUGUGCAAAUGAGAAAGAGGAUUGAAAGCUUGAGACAAACGUUUUCUAUUACUCAAAUGCUGGACACCACUCAGCUGAAAAAAUUGACUAUUAUUAGUACCAGCGUUCUAAAAGAAUUGAAAAGGAUUUCAGAGAAAGGCUCAAUAUUGAUUUCGUUGCUGAAAAUGUGUUCGAGUUUGGAACCGUGUUUACUGACUGUUCAGAAAUACAAUUUACGCGAUACAGGAUCUAGAACAACUUUCACGAGCUGCAUGUCAGAGCCGUUCGAUAAAUUGGAGAAUUUUUGGGAACAAUUUAAUUAUAUUAAAGCUGAUAACAUUUUCAUGAAAAAGGAAUGCGAUAAGCUGUCUUUCGAGAAUAAACAGUUGAGAAACACCUUGCGCACAUAUCUCUUGACCGUUUCUAAGACUCCAACCGCACGGCCGCUUACGUCUAUUUCUAUAUAAACAGAAUACAUUUAUUUCCAAUGGAAAGAUCAAUAUUAACAUUUUUUUUUAACUAAAAAGA